AUGGCUGGUGUCAAUCUGGCCAUUGAAACUGGAUCCCAGGACAAGGAGGAUUCCAGCUCCCCGGUACUACCUGUCCAGCAAAGCCAGAGUCAGCAGCAGUUUACUGAGGUGCACCUGGCUGAUCUACAGAAAGUGUUUGAGAAGGAAACCAGUGAGACUGGAGCCCUGAACAAGGAAGCUUUCAUUAGGAUCAUGAAGAGGGUGCUGAGCAACAUUUUGGAAGAGAUGCUGGAGGUAGUUUUCUUGAAGGUGGAUUCAGACUGCGCCAGCUUUGUCACCUGGCAAAAAUAUGUGGAUUACAUGAUGCAUGAGUUCCAGGGCAAGGAGGACAUGAGGAAGAGCCAGUACCUCCUGUGCUUCCACCUUCCCAUGACCAUCAUCCCUCUGUACCAUGGAAGUGAGGUUGUGAAAGUGGCGUUAAUCCAACGAUUCAAGAAUACGGGCUGUUUCUUGACUGUCACUAAGGAUGGAAUCUUGCAGUUCUGGUCUGAGACCUUCUCGCUGCUGAGCUCUUUUCGGCUGAGUGAGCUUACUCGGCUCCAACAGUCCUGCCACCAGCAGAUGUGGGUCAUCGACAUGGUGUGCUUGCACAACAUGAACCUCAUUGAAGUUGCCUCGACUGAAUUGAAGAUAGAGUUCUUUGAUAUCAGUAACCACAAAUGUAUCCGAGCCUUCGCCUUUAUUGACCUGGAUAGCUGUGCCAUGGUCAUGGACUACUGGUCCAACUAUCACAAAGCUGUGUUCUGCUGUGGGGACACCAAGGGCAAUGUUGUCAUCUUCAUGUCGGACAGUGUGAACACUGGGCUGUUCAACCCCCACAUCCUUCCCAGGACCUCCAAAUGGGAUCACUGGACUAAUGUUUCCAUGAGAAAACUCUUAAGUGAGAAGUCCACUCUGUAUAGAAGUUACCAAAUGAGGGCUUUCCAUCCCAACUGGUGUCAUCAGGUCAAGUUCAUUCCCAAGCUGAAUGUGGUGAUUUCCUGUUCGGCUGUCAAAAGGUCCUCUCUGGUGCUGACAAUAUUGCCAGCCAAAGAACCCGAGAAACCCAAGUUAUCAGUGCUGAAUUUAAGAAAAGGAAUUCUUUGCUUUGAUUAUUGUCCAGACAGGAACUUCCUGGUUAUGACCCCCCACAUCCGCCUGUGGAACCCUCUGGUCUCUAAAAAGCCUGUGUGGAUGAUGAAGGGACACCAGACCUUAGUGCUACACCUUCUUGUGAACAACAAGAAUACCAGCAUCCUCAUCAGCAUCUCCAGGGACAAGAUAAUCUUCCUACAGACCAGACCUCGCCUGCCACACACGGUGGCCAUGCUGAGCAGCUGCAUUGAUGGCUUCAUCUAUGCCUGGUCCAUCCAUGGAAAUGGUGGUCUACUGGGGAAGUUCCCUGUGGACAUUGAUGACAGUGGGAUUGCUGUUGUGGGUGCCAUGGCCACUGAUGAAAAUGACUGGCUCCUCAUCACAGGGGACUGUAAAGGAACCAUCAAGAUUUGGGACAUCAAAGAUUACUGCUUAUUUGCCGGCCAGCGAGUGCCCCAACCCAGUGGGAUGAAGAUCGUCAGUGAAACCGAGAAUAAGUUCCGAUUCUUAAUUCCUAAACAUCUCCAGGUCAACAUCCCGUUUUACAUUCCUCUGAAGGAAAAGGAGGUUGUGGAUGGCCAGACCAUUACUUUGACUCCCCCAACACUUCUGAUUACCUGGAACAGUCAUUUUGAGAGUGUGGCAGACAUCCUGUAUGUAGACAUCUUCCAGCUGUGUCAUCAGUGCUGGCUAGGAUGGGAACUCUCUGGGGCUGCCAUAGGGACAUUUGGUGUGAAUGUUUGGAAAAAACUCCAGGAGGAAACCACUUUGGAACAGGCAGUAAGCUCAGAGGAGAAGGCUGACCUCAUCGGAACCAGCCUCAAGAGCUCCUUCCUAGAGCUACAGCAGGAAAGGGAUCGGGCUGAAGCCCUGGUGUUUCAGCGGCAUGAGCAGGCUGUACUAACGGCUCUCCUGCAUGGGAAGGCAGAGAAGAAGGCUGAGGCGUGGGCCAGACUGCAGAAGAUGGCUCUCAUAUCCCCGUGGGCCAGAGAGCAUUCCCCAGAAGACAUCGAGGAGAGCUGAAAUCAAUGGGAGUCCAAGGACAAGCAGUUGAGCAAAAUUGUGGGAGCAGCAUACAAGUCCAAGGAGCAUGUGAGGAACCCCAAACUCUUGGCCACCAGAGUGCAGUACGGCUGGAUGAGGCAGCAGAUCUCUCUUCAGGUCUAUCAAAGCCUGUAUUUCACUGACCUGAAGCCCGUGCAGCAACCCGACUUCCUGAUGCACAAGGUCCUGGACCAGCAGGGCAGGCAUAUCCGUUGGGUGGCCAGCGAUAUCCGGAGGGAGUUGGAGUCUGUCCCGGGUCAAAUCUUCAUGGACAUGUCAGCUGGCACACCAGCUGCCUCCCCUUCCUCCCCAUCCUUGCUGUCCCUGGGAGUAGCCUCCAGGGUGCUGGACUCCAGCUGGUCUACCUCCUGGAGGCCCCUAUCUUCUGUCUCCUUGCUGCGACCCUGGUCCCUCUCCAGCUCAGUUUAG